AAUUUUGAAGCCUUCGUAGAAUUAGAUAGUUCCUAUCUCAUGACUUGAUUGAGAUCGAGUGUGUACUGUGACUGUAGCUAGCUAGCUUGUUGAUUAAGAUAGUUUUACUCAUAGAAGAGGUGCAUGCUGAAGAUGUCUAAAGACGGCGGAACCAUGAUGCAGAAAGCCAUUGACUUGGCAAAGCAGGCAACUGAGGCUGACAAUGCUGAGAAGUAUGAAGAGGCUCUUCAGUUGUAUACGCAUGCUAUUGAAUACUUUCUACAUGCUGUAAAAUAUGAGGUGAAGGGGGACAAGGCACAGGAGUCAGUGCGCACCAGGUGCUAUAGUUACAUGGAGAGAGCUGAGCAGCUCAAGAAGUUUAUUGCUAAAGGAAAGAAAAAAGUUCACCAUUCAGGAACUACCGCAUCAAAGGAGAAGAAAAAAGGUCCCGGUGGUGGAGGGGGCGCCGGUGACGAUGAUUCGAGUGACGAGGGAGAUGCUGAGAGUGAGGGGAGGAAGAAACAGUUAGAGGGCGCUAUUGUUGCCGAGAAGCCCAAUGUUCACUGGGAUGACAUUGCUGGUCUCAUCGUGGCUAAAGAAGCUCUCAAAGAGACAGUCAUUCUACCAGUCAAAUUUCCUCAUCUAUUCACAGGCAAGAGGAAGCCGUGGAGAGGUAUCCUACUCUAUGGGCCCCCAGGUACUGGCAAGUCCUACUUGGCCAAAGCAGUGGCUACUGAGGCUGACUCCACAUUUUUCUCAAUCUCCUCGUCUGAUCUCGUGAGCAAAUGGCUGGGAGAAAGCGAACGUCUUGUGAAAGAGCUCUUCCAUUCGGCCAGAGGCAAGAGACCCGCUAUUAUCUUCAUUGAUGAGGUAGACUCUCUUUGCAGUGCUCGGUCAGAUUCAGAAAACGAUGCCACACGUCGAAUCAAGACCGAGUUUCUGGUUCAAAUGCAGGGAGUAGGUGUAGACAACGAUGGUAUUCUCGUGCUCGGGGCUACCAAUAUCCCGUGGGGACUAGACGCUGCCAUUAGGAGGAGAUUUGAGAAGCGUAUCUACAUCCCUCUACCAGAGGAGGGGGCUCGAAGACGUAUGUUCGAAAUUCACAUCGGAGAUACUCCGACUGAAUUGAAACCCAAAGAUUGGCAGUCUCUGGCCAGCAAAACCGAGGGUUACUCUGGUGCCGAUAUCGGUAUUGUAGUCAGAGAAGCCCUAAUGAUGCCGAUACGAAAAGUUCAAAGUGCAACUCAUUUCAAGAUGAGUAGCGGCCCCUCCCCAACUGAUUCGACAGUCUAUUCCAAUGACCUUUUGUCCCCUUGUGGUCCUCGGGAUCAAGGAGCUACAGAGAUGUCUUGGAUGGACGUUCCCGGAGACAAACUGCUCGAACCGAAAGUGACAGUUGGGGACUUUAUAAAAUCCCUUGAGAACACUCGCCCCACAGUGAACGCUGAUGACCUCAAGAGAUUCGAGGACUUUACCAGCGAUUUUGGUCAAGAGGGAUAAUCAUUAUACAACUAAUUUAUUAGCUAUGAUUAUAAUUUCCUGUGCUGUCUUUGUUGCUAUAGUUACUGCACCCCUGUUGGUUGUGUACAUAGCUUUGUGGUGUUAUUUUAAUUAGUGCUCUCGUUUGCUUGCCACUUUUAGCUCACUACGUACAUUAUACUAUGAUCUAUAAUAUCUCUUGCAAUUCACAACGAUUAUAAUUAUUUCUCAA